AUGGAUCUGCACAAGUUCAACUCCAGCCCCUCCGCCUUCUUCUUGAUUGGCAUACCUGGGCUAGAAGAUGUCCACCCCUGGAUGGGUGUCUCCUUCUGUGCAAUGUACCUGGUGGCGCUUUUAGGAAACUGCACCCUCCUGCUGACAAUCCAACUAGUCCAUACCUUGCACCAUCCCAUGUUCUACUUCCUGGGCAUGUUGGGAAUCAUUGACCUGGUCAUGGCCACAUCAGUGGUACCCAAGAUGCUCAGCAUCUUCUGGAUGGGCUCUCAAGAGAUUGGCUUUGAUGCUUGUUUCAUCCAGAUGUUCCUUAUCCAUUCCAUCACAGCUGUGGAAUCAGGAGUCUUGUUGGCCAUGGCAUUCGACCGAUAUGUUGCCAUCUGCCACCCCCUGAGAUAUGAGGCUAUCUUGACUUCCCAAAGGGUAGCCCAGAUAGGCCUGGCUAUUCUGGCAAGAGGGAUCCUUUUCAUGGUGCCUUUAACCUGGAUGAUGAGGCGUCUGCCAUACUGCACUUCCAAACAGAUAUCUCAUUCCUACUGCGAGCACAUGGCGGUCAUGAAAUUGGCCUGUGCAGAUUCGUCAGCGAGCAGCAUCUACAGCACGGUGGGAUCCACCCUCAUCGUGGGAAUCGACACAGCCUUCAUUGCUUUGUCUUAUGGACUGAUUCUCAGAGCUGUGGCAAAAUGCACCGAGCAAACAGAGAUGCUCAAGGCCUUCAGCACAUGCAGCGCUCACAUCGGUGUUAUGCUGCUCUAUUACCUUCCAGGGAUGGCCUCCAUUUACAUCCAGUGCUUUCCCCAGGGGGUGCCACCACAUGUUCAGGUCCUGCUGGCCGAUCUCUAUCUCAGCCUCCCACCCAUGUUGAACCCCAUCAUUUACAGCAUCCGAAUGAAGCAGGUACGUGAAGCACUAGUCAAACUCCUGCCCUUCCUCAGGGGUCCUGUUGGAUGA